GUGAUGCUUGUCAAGCUAAGGAUGAAGACUUGUUCUAUCAAUGUGAUAGUUGUGAUUUUUGGCUCCACAAGACUUGUGCUUCCUUAGCCACCACCAUUGAUCUACCCCACCAUCGUAAUCAUCCUCUCGUUCUCGUCUAUUCACUCCCGGAUAAUUUUUAUAAUUUUCUUUAUUACUGCGAGUUCUGCAACAAAGUCAUCCUAAAAAACGGUUGGUUGUAUCAUUGUGCAAACUGUAGAUACUUUGCCCACAUUAAAUGYGCYUUAAACGCAGAGCAACCUUCCAUUCCAAGCAAUGCUCCAGAUACUUAUACUGCUGAAGAACGCAAAAACGAUUUUAUGCAAUUUCCCAUGUCACAUGCAUUCACAGAUCCACUAAAGUUUCUUCAUUCGGAGAAGGUAUCUUUAGACGAUGAUGGUGCAAUAGAAAUUAGCCAUUGGAGUCAUGGUCAUCCAUUGAAUCUUAGCGUUGAACCUCAAGGUAACAACAUGCCCGAAAUUAAUUGUGAUGAUCCAAUAGAGGUAUGUUAUGGAUGUGUACGACCCCUCUCCCUUCCAUACUACAAUUGCAAAGAUGGAUGUUCAUUUACCCUCCACAAAUAUUGUGCCGAAUUACCGCUCACAUUAGAACAUCAUCUUCACCCAGAUCAUCCACUUGAUUUGGUAGACACCAGUGAAGAUGAGCACUUCUAUAGCUGCAACGGUUGUUUUAGCAGAGGCAACAAGUUUGUCUACAAAUGUGAAACUUGCAAGUUCUACUUGGAUGUAAAUUGUGGAUUUUUACCCAACACCAUCAUACAUAAAUCUCACAAACAUCCUCUUACCCAAGUCAUGGAUCCCAACCAAGCUUGUGAGGCAUGUGACAAAACAUUUACGGGUAUAAGUUUUGCUUGCAAAGCUUGUAAUUUCCAACUAGACAUGUAUUGUGCAAUACGGUCUCCUCAAUUACUUACUCAUAGGUAUUGCAAAGGACAUGAAAUCCCAUUGACGUAUCCCCCGGUCGAAGAUCAUCCCGAAGAUUUUUAUUGUGAUAUAUGUGAGAAGGAAAUGCACCCCAAGCUCCCACUCUAUCAUUGUCACAAAUGCAAAAAUUCAUUUCACCUGGAUUGCAUUAAUCAAAUUGAUUUGUAUGCGAAUGUCGUCGGGUGGGAGAAGGCUAUAAUCGAGUCUUCUCAUCACAAACAUCCAUUAAUGUGUGUUCGAAGAAAGACAACAUGUGAGUAUGUGUGUCCUUUUUGUAAUCUUGAUAUUAAUGGUGGUUUGAUGCUUGAGUGUCAGAUCGAAACAUGUCCUUUUAGAAUUUGUUAUUCUUGUUAUUAAAAUAUCAGAAAGUCUCGUUUUCGUAUCUAUGCGGCAUGAUAGUAAAGUACAUGGAAUGGCUACUCAUGUUUGUUCAAGGGUGUAAUUUGUUACAUAUAUUUU